AUGGCGUCAGGACACAAUCAGUACGGCCACGGAUAUGCCGCUGCCCAAGUAAAGCAUCAUGAAUGGCGCAGUGCUGAAAACAGCAGCAACCAUCUUUUACCUAAGCUACAAGUCAUCGUCAAAAGCAAUCCCAACCUGAAGCUCUUGGAUGUCGGUGCUGGGUCUGGUACAAUUUCAGCAUCCUUAGCGCGAUACAUGCCCGAGGGAGAAGUCACAGCUACCGACAUAUCAAACGAGAUCCUCGCUCGAGCAAAGGACUACGCCGACUCUCAAGGUGUCACCAACAUUAAAUUCCAAAGCGCCAAUGUUUUUGAGCUGCCUUUCCCUGAUUCGACUUUCGACGUCACCCAUGCUCACCAGGUUCUGUGUCAUUUGGAUACACCUGUCGAUGCGAUAAAGGAGAUGAUGAGGGUGACCAAGCCUGGAGGUACAGUUUCCCUACGCGAGAGCGACAUGUACAUGUGGUGCAUUUGGCCUGAGCUUCCAGCUCUUCUCAAGUUUCAUCAGCUCCAGAUCAAGAUCAUUGAAGGAAAGGGAGGGCAAGGGAAAGGAGGCCGUCAACUUCUCUCGUGGGCCUUGGAAGCUGGAGCUUCUCGUCAAGACAUUACUUUGAGUUUUGGGACUUGGUGUUAUAGUACGCCUGAAGAUAAGAAGGCAUGGGGUUCAGCAAUGAAAGACCGCUCUCUGACUGGCUUUGCACGACAAAAGGCUAUUGAGAUGGGUAAUGCAACUGGCGACGAACUAGAUGAGAUGGCCAAGGCUUGGGAGCAGUGGAUUGAGAUAGAUGAUGCUUCACUGGGCAUUAUGAAUGGUGAAGCAUUGAUCACAAAGAGAUAG